CACGCGGCAUCAUCAGUACGAAGUGCAAAGCGACCUCGCGACGAUCGAAAUUGUGCGACGAUGAAUGAAAGGAUGCGCCCCACUGGCAAUGGCGCACCGCUCGCCACGAACAAUAACAAACUCCUUGGGCCCGACAUCGGGCCCAAAAAGACAAUGAUCGUCGUUGUGAUCGUGGUCGGGUGUUUCGCGGUGCUCUGGCCCAAAGUGUUCCAGCCGAUGAUGUUCGGCGGCAACGAUGAUUACAUCAAACCGAAUGCAGCUGAUAGAAGCAAUGGAUGUUGCGACGUUCUGGCCGAACGAGACAUAAAUACGAUAAAGAUGAUGUCGGAGCUGUGCGCCAGCAUCAUCGAUACGAAAGGUGCGAAUUUACGAAAUCACAAGGCAAUUGUGGCAAAAUGCCGAGAAGAAGUGUUGCAGACGUGCGGCAUUGACAUAGCCGCCGUCUUGGAUGAGAAAAUCCGCCUGGGAAUUCCAGUCAAGCGGAUAAUUAACGAAGUGCGUUCAUUAAACGGCUCCCUAUGCCUUAAAUACAACUUUGGGGUAGCGCCGUGGGCCAUUUCAGCACCACAUCAAAUUUCUACACAUUACAAACCAACCAUUGUCAGACAAGAACGCCCACCACACCUCCGACCGGAAAUGAUGCAUCCGGCAUUCCGGGAGCGCGGCAGCAACAUCCCACCUGGGGCACACACACCUCCAGUGCGCGCAGUACCGCCAAGGAUAGUCGAAGGACGACCUGGACCAAUCCCAGGAAUGAGACCCCCAAUGGGAGGUGCAGGUGGAGUGGUCCCACCCUCCCAAAAGGGCAGCAGUAUGGGAAUUAUUAUGCCAAUUUACACGAUUGGUAUUGUUAUCUUUUUCACCUACACAUUAAUGAAGUUGUUGUUUAAAAAACAAUCGGAUAACGUCACCGAAUUAUACCCGCCGGUAGACCCAGACAAAGCUUUCAGACGUGAAGUCUUCGAAAGUCAACAAACUCUCUCCUCAAUGUCCCGAAACGACGCCAACAGUAAAAUAGGAUGGAAAGAAAGAGAUGCGAGAGAUCAGGAAAUCGUCCAGCUGCGGAAGAGACUGCGGGAAACCGAAUUAGCCAUGGAGCGAGUCGUGGCGCAAAUGGCUAAAACACCGCUUUGCUCACAGGAAACAAUUGACGAAGAGGCAACUGAAGAAGCAGUUGAUGAUUCUGCGAAGGUAAAAGUCUUGGGAAUGGAAACAACUGCGAGUUGUGAAGGUGGCGAGAAAUGGACGACGCAACCAUCAAUGCGACCUAGUUCACCACCAUUAAAAUUAGUAGAAGCACCACAGGAGAUUUACCUUGAAGGAGCCUUGCCAGCAAACACAAAAAUAUUGGUAUCCGAUGCAAAAACCGAGACACAAACCGAAAAUAUCGACAACGAGGACCCAGCUGUCGUGCUCGCUGGUAAAAUGACACUUUCCGUGAUUGGUGUAGCCGAGGCAUUCGAAGCGGAACGCGCCGAAGAAGAUUCUAAAUAUACCACUGUAAGCGCAAUCACAGCUGCCGAAAAAGAUUCGAUUGAAAUCAGCGAUGAGGAGGUUGAGGAUGACGGUAACGGUACAGAUGAUGAGGAAAUCGAAGAUUUAGGUGAUGAUGAACGGCUCUAGGUACAUUUAGAGACAGCUAAUCAAAACCAGAGGAAGACCGAUUCCUAUUUUAUACUAUCCAGACAAGUCUACUAAUUUGCGUACACGUGCCAAGUAUGAAUUUACAUUAACAAGUAACAAGUCGUGUUUUAGAGUCAAUAUAAUGGUCGGUAGAAUGUGCAGCAAUUGCAUACACCCUGUGUAAUAAUCAACCAGUUCAAAUGCGUACAAUAACUUUAGUUGGACUAAAAAAAAACACAAGCCACAAGUGAACAAUUUAAGUAUUGUGUAAUUCUAGUCAUUUUGUGUCAUUUAUUAUUAAACUGACUGAAAUAUAAUAAAUAUUUAUCGUUAACAGAA